AUGAGACUUCUCAUCCUGGCCUUCCUCGGGAUCUGCUGUCUCGCUGCAUACACUGUGGAAGGUGUGGGGACUGAAGUCCUAGACAAGAACAUCUGUGUGAGUCUGACUACCAAGCAACUGCCAAUUAAAAAAAUCAAGACCUACACCAUCAGGGAGGGCCCCAUGAAAGCAGUGAUAUUUAUUACCAGACGUGGCCUUAAAGUCUGUGCUGAUCCACAAGUUGAAUGGGUGAAGAAAGCAGUCCGAACAAUAAAGUCCACCGGGAGAAAUGUGAGCCAGACCAAGCCUACAGGAGCCCAGCAAUCCAGCAGUACAGCUGUGACCCUGAGUGGGUAG